AUGUUGGCAGUACUUUUAUGCAAAGGUAUAGGCAUCCUAUAGAGAUACGUCCUUAUUUUGCACAUACCCACUUACAGAGGGAUACAGAGUUUGAAUUGUGAUACAGCACAAAUUUAUCGAGAAAUAGAGCACAAGAAGCGUGGAAAAUUGAAUUGUGAUUUCUCAUUUUGCUGGGUGAGAGCUUUCUACUUCCGUAUUGAUUUUUAUCAGCUAUACAAAUAUAACAAUGCUGAGUCUGUUCUGAUUUUUGAAUCUUCUUACUUUAGGGAUGAAGAACAGGGGAUUUGUGGUUGACUUGUUAAUGCUUGCAAUUGAGUCUGUCAAAGCAGGAUUGACAAAGAAAGUAGAGAACAGGAGGAGCCAUAAUUGUCCUGACAGGAGCAUAAGCCGUUAAGCUCUAUUUUUUGAAGCGCUCAACAUUCUUCACUAUGUCAGUGGUGAAAACUUUUAAAAAGUUAGUCUCUUGUGUUAUCCUUGAUUUGGAUGGCACACUAAUUAACACAGAUGGCAUUGUGACGGAUAUUCUAAAACUUUUUCUGGUUAAAUAUGGAAAGCAAUGGGAUGGUAGAGAAGCUCAAAAAGUAGUUGGGAAGACACCAGUGGAAGCUGCGGCUGUAGUUGUUAAAGAUUACGAGCUUCCCUUAACCAAAGAAGAAUUGCUUUCACAAAUUACUCCAAUGUUUUCGGAGCGGUGGUCCAAUAUUAAAGCUCUUCCAGGUGCAGAUCGAUUGAUUGAUCAUUUCAAGAGUCAUGGUGUGCCCAUGGCUUUGGCCUCUAAUUCUCCCAAGUCAAACAUAGAGGCAAAACUUUCUUAUCAUAAAGGUUGGAAGGAGUCAUUCUCUGCUAUUAUAGGGGGUGAUGAAGUUACAGCUGGAAAGCCAAAUCCUGAAAUUUUCCUUGAAGCAGCGAAACGACUUGGAGUAAAUCCAUCCAGAUGCCUUGUCAUCGAAGAUUCAUUAACUGGCGUUAUUGCUGGUAAGGCUGCUGAAAUGGAAGUGAUUGCCGUGCCAUCUCUUCCUAAACAGUCCCAUUCAUACAAUUCAGCUGAUGAGGUUAUCAAUUCACUUCUUGAUUUGCAUCCGGAAAAGUGGGGCCUGCCUGCAUUUCAAGAUUGGGUAGAAGGAACUUUACCCAUAGACACUUGGCAUAUUGGGGGUCCUGUCAUUAGGGGAUUCGGGCGUGGCUCAAAGGUGCUAGGUAUCCCUACAGAUCUGCUUUCAGAACAUCCAUCUGGCGUGUAUUUUGGGUGGGCUGGUUUAUCUACUCAUGGUACAUACAAAAUGGUUAUGAGCAUUGGUUGGAACCCAUACUUCAAUAACACUGAGAAGACUAUAGAGCCAUGGCUGCUACAUGACUUCAGUGAGGACUUCUAUGGGGAGGAAUUGCAUCUUGUUAUUGUCGGAUAUAUACGGCCUGAGGCGAACUUUUCUUCGCUUGAGAGCUUGAUUGCAAAGAUUCACGAGGACGGUAGAAUUGCAGACAAAGCACUUGAGCUCCCUCUGUAUGCUAAGUACCAAGAUGAUCCCUUCCUGAACAAUUCAUGAUUUAUCUGAGGAAGGAGUACAUCUGGUUGGGGUCUUAAUUUGAGUGAACUUGUGAUCACCAGAUAUCUCAGGUACCAAUGGUUGCCAGUUGAGCAUGAAUGUAAAGGACUACAGUGGGGGGUGAGAAUGUGAGAUAGACUCACACAUUUAUUCCACACACACACAUAUAUAUAAAAGCUAUUAUUUGAAUAUAGAUCUCUUCAUAACUAAGCCAUUUCAUCAAUAUAGCUAUAUAGGUCACAAUUUUGACUUCAGAAGAUUCAGCUAAAUAUGACCACACUAAACUGGCUCCAAAUGUUGUUGCAUCUAUGGUCAUGCACAAUGAAGUUAUAACCUAAAUACUGGAAGAACUAAGAAUGGCGUAUAUGGCGUAAAGGCGAUUCCAAAUAAAGACACUAACUGCAUUUUUGCUUGUUCCUUUUCAUUAUACAUCAGUUUUUUCCUGUUGUUUGUUCUACUCAUUUGGCAAUAACAAACGUAUCAAGGGCAUAAAAGUCCUUAUAUUCUCAUCUCUGCUUAAGUUUUCUACUUCAUUUAA